AUGUCCAAACCUACCAUUGGCUUCGUCGGCCUAGGGGCCAUGGGCUUCGGCAUGGCCACUCACCUCGUCCACGAGGGUUACACUGUCCACGGCUUUGACGUAUUCCCUGCUUCUGUACAACGAUUCCAGGCAGCCGGGGGUCGUCCCGCGUCAUCAUUGCGGGAGUCUGCAGAGGGGAAGUCCUUUUACGUGUGCAUGGUUGCAUCUGCGCCUCAGGUGCAAUCAGUCCUGUUCGGCGAUGAAGGCAUCGUACAAUACCUCCCCCAAAAUGCUACUCUCCUGCUUUGCUCUACCGUCCCCGCUUCCUACGCCCAGUCCGUCGCAGCAGAACUACAAUCCCGUGGCCGCGGCGAUAUCCUUUUCAUCGAUAGCCCUGUCUCGGGCGGAGCCAAGCGCGCCGCCGAUGGAACACUCUCCAUCAUGGCAGGCGGUACAGACAAAGCACUUGAAAGCGGUCGCGACCUGCUACAGACCAUGUCCGCCCCAAGCAAACUAUACCUUGUUCCCGGAGGUAUUGGAGCAGGUAGUAACAUGAAGAUGGUACAUCAGGUUCUGGCAGCUAUCCACAUCCUCGGGGCCAGCGAGGCCAUGGGUUUGGCGGCACAAUUGGGUCUGGAUGCGCGCCAGGCGGCGGAUAACAUCAUUGGAUCUGAUGCCUGGACGUGGAUGCAUGAGAAUCGGUUCCCGCGCAUGGUGGAGGAGGACUGGAACCCGGGUGCUAGUGCGCUGACUAUUAUUUUGAAGGAUGCGGGUAUUAUCACUUCCUCUGCCCGUCAGCACCGGUUCCCGACACCCCUCUGCACCACGGCUGAACAAAUCUAUCUCUCUGCUUUACUACAGGGCUAUGGAACGAAGGAUGACUCGGCCAUGUGGACGAAGCGAUCGCAAAAUUAG